AAACAAUCAUAGGUACAAAUACAGUAACGAUGUUGUACGGCGUGGUCGGUAGAAAGCAUCUAGGUACAGAGAGUCUAGAAAGUACCUAUCCUGAGCAGAGGUUCCUGCCUAGCUUGCAUGUGCUUUGUCUGCUCAAGAGGAGUCUGCUGGUGAAAACGAAGCCGCCAUGCAUGAUCUGUCAAUAUCAUGUGGGACUACAGCACAGGAGAACUCCUGUUAAUUGUAUUGGAACCAGGGGCGACUUCAGAUUGAGGUAGGUAGAUCCAGCAACUUGGGGCGGCGGCCUCUGAAAGAAAGCCAUGGCGGCCGGAGACGCAGACUCAUUGGAUGAGCCUCUGAUAUCCACUCCCAAAAACGAGCACAGCAGCCAUGGACACAAUGCCGAAUCAAAACGAGCCACCUGGCAGCACGAGGCGAAGCAGCAGCUCACGCUGGCGCUGCCCAUCAUCGGGAUGAAUGCGGUGCAGCUGCUCCUGGUGCUGACGUCAGCGGCGUUUGUGGGCCACCUGGGGGCGCUCCAGCUGGCGAGCGCGCAGCUCGCCACAUCGCUCGCAAAUGCGCUGGGGCAUUAUGUGCUGGUGGGCAUGGCGCUCGGGCUCGAGACGCUGGGCGGGCAAGUCGUUGGCGCCGGACAGCUGGACGAGCUUGGACACGUCACCCACCUCGGACUCAUCGUCCUAACUCUUCUCGCCUGCACCAUCAGCAUCGCCUGGGCUUUCGCGGAGCCACUGCUGCUAGCUUUAGGGCAGGACCCGACACUGGCGAAGGAAGCGGCAAAGUAUCUCCAUUUGUUGAUCCCCAGCUUGUUUGCAAACGCGUGGACCCAGCCGUUGGUGAAGUUCCUGCAGUCGCUCGGCGCGACCGCGCCGCUCGCGUGGGCGUCGACGGUGACGUUGUUGCUGCACCUGCCGAGUAACUGGUUCUUCAUCUUUUACCUGGGGUGGGGUAUGACCGGCGCUCCGAUCGCAACAAGCCUUGCCUACUGCCUUAUCUUCACGUUUCUGUUGGGGCACAUUCUCACCAGCGGGGCGUAUUCCCACUCCACUCCCAAGCUGAACCUCAGCCGGUCGUUCCGGAAGGCGCCGCUCUUUCUGAAGCUGGGCUUCUUCUCUGCCAGCAUGAUGUGUUUGGAGUACGUGGCGUUCGACAUCAUCUAUCUCAUGGCGGGUCUCCUUCCCGACCCGUAUCGACUGGUAUCGGCCCUGUCUGUCGCGAUGAACACCACGUGGCUAUGCGCCACUACUUACGUGGGUCUUGGCAACGCUGUCAGCACACGUGUCGCCACGGAACUGGGCCGGGGGUCCGUCCUGGGCGCGCAAAGAGCCGCGCGGGUGGGGCUCGGGUGGUCCGUUGUGGUCGGGGUAGUGGCGACCGCUCUGAUGCUCGCGCUGCACAGGCAGUGGCCUCUGCUCUUUAUCGACGGCGCAGACCGCCAGCUGUUGGACCUGUGUACGGGUCUCAUGCUCUUCGCGAGCUUGAACCUAUUCGGGGACUCGAUCCAAGUCACGGCGGGAGGCGUUCUCCGGGGGUGCGGUCGGCAGGACCUCGGCGCGGUUCUCGCGUUGGCAAGCUACUACGCGAUCGCGGUGCCGGCCGCGGCCGUCGGGGGCUUCGUUUUGAAAUGGAGCGUUUGGGGAAUCUUUGGGGGCAUGUUCAUCGGCGUCAUCAGCCAGCUCAUGCUCCAGCUCACAGCGAUAGCCUGGACGAACUGGGAGCGUCAGGCGAAGCUCGCGCGAGAUGAAGCUGUCGACGAAAGAAUGGGAGCGGGUCUAGACGCCUAACGAGCCAAUUCUGGAGAUAAAAACCGCUUGCAAUAGGUAUCAAGCAUUAACCGUGUUGACAAGUGCUUCAAAUUGGAAGCCAUGAGAGUUGAGGUUGCUGGUGUACUUUUCUGAUUACUGAUUAAAGUCAGGUUAAGGUUAACUUGUCUCACUCAGAACGAUGCAGCGUUCUGCUUUGCGGAAGUUUUGGGCAUACUACAUAAGUAGGUGAGAAUCUUACUGGUACAAGCUGGUCACACAUCUAGGACGAAAUGACUGAGUUGCGUGUAGUGAUAACAAAAGUAGGCUUUUGUUCUAGGGCUGCAAGCGAGCAGCUUGCUUAAAACAUUUGAAGAUGAGUCAACAGUCGAAGACACUAACGAGGUAUGUAGGGCAUGCAGUGUUGAAGACGUGUGACUGCACAACACUUUUUUGUACGGAACUCAAAGUCAAAGUGAAAUAGUAAAAAACACUCGAGUCGGGCGUUCAAUGAAAGAGCUAGCUAGCCCUCAAAAGGCUAUGUUGCAGCCAACUCUAAGAAACAGUUAUGGUGCUUUGCUGUAAGGAUAAGUGUCCAAAGAUCGACCGAACAAAUUGAUGUUGUUGAUUUGUACUAACAUAUAGACUUUUCCUUGGAGCUGAGCGUGAG